AAACCCUGCACCCUCUGCCAGCAACCGCGCAACGUCCUGAUCCGCUGCCAAAUCGACGCCACGCGGCAAUGGCACUUCGUGUGCCCCGGCAAAUGCUGGCGGUCCGUCAGCGGCGGCACGCCCGACGGGGACGCUGAUCACAGGGAUUAUCGAUAUGGCGGGACGUGGAAGAACAAGCACGAGUAUGUGAGUGCGAAGAUUAAGGGGAAGGCGAAGGAUGAGAAUAAGACGGGA